AUGACUCCUUCCACCCCACCAAGGUCCAGAGGGACUAGGUACCUUGCGCAGCCUAGUGGCAAUACUAGUUCUAGUGCCCUAAUGCAAGGUCAAAAGACCCCCCAAAAGCCUUCACAGAACCUAGUCCCUGUCACUCCCUCAACAACUAAGUCUUUUAAAAAUGCGCCAUUAUUAGCACCUCCCAAUUCGAACAUGGGUAUGACCUCUCCAUUUAAUGGGCUUACGUCUCCUCAACGCUCGCCGUUUCCAAAAUCUUCAGUGAAGAGGACACUAUUCCAAUUUGAAAGUCAUGAUAAUGGAACAGUAAGGGAAGAGCAGGAACCAUUGGGUCGUGUAAAUAGGAUAUUGUUUCCCACGCAGCAAAAUGUGGAUAUAGAUGCAGCAGAAGAAGAAGAAGAAGGAGAAGUUCUUCUUCCCCCCAGCAGACCUACAUCUGCCAGGCAGUUACAUUUAUCACUUGAAAGAGAUGAGUUUGAUCAGACACAUAGAAAGAAGAUUAUUAAAGAUGUACCUGGUACGCCCAGCGACAAGGUGAUAACAUUUGAAUUGGCAAAAAAUUGGAACAACAACUCUCCGAAAAAUGACGCCAGGAGUCAAGAAAGUGAAGACGAGGAAGACAUCAUCAUCAAUCCAGUGCGGGUGGGUAAAAAUCCCUUUGCAUCAGAUGAACUGGUCACUCAGGAAAUUAGAAAUGAACGUAAAAGGGCAAUGUUGAGAGAAAACCCAGAUAUAGAAGACGUAAUAACAUAUGUCAAUAAGAAGGGAGAGGUGGUAGAGAAACGAAGGUUAACGGAUGAAGAAAAGAGAAGAUUCAAGCCAAAGGCAUUGUUUCAAUCUAGGGAUCAAGAGCAUUGA